UGGGUCUCGAUCAGUUGGCGGUUUGCAUUUGCGCGUUGCGGACGUCUCGCUUUUACUCGCCCGCCCCGAUCUCCCUCUCUCUUUCGCGCACACUCGCCAUAUAUCUCGUUCCGGAAUCGGGAUAUAUAAACUUCGAUCCGUACACGUAGCCAGAAUCAAGAUGUUGCGGCCGUGUCUGGUGGCCGUGCUGCUAGUAAUAGCCAGUGUUAAUGCCCAGGGAAAGGAGAAAGAGGAGUUCCAGUGCCCCUCGCAUAUCGCCAAUGGCAACUACGCCGAUCCGGCGACCUGUCGUCGCUUUUACCAGUGCGUCGAUGGAUUUCCGUAUUUGAACCGCUGUCCAUCCGGACUUUUCUUCGAUGAUCUGCAGAAGUUUUGCACAUUCAAGGAUGAGGCCAAGUGCGGUCCUCUACCAACAACCCCCGCCCCUGUCACGGAAGCGCCGGCAGACACCGCCCAGCGGUGCGACACGGAGAACUGCGCCCUGCCCUACUGCUUCUGCUCCAAGGACGGCACCCAGAUACCCGACAACCUGGAGCCCGAGAAGAUCCCCCAAAUUAUCAUGCUGACCUUCGAUGGGGCAGUGAAUCUGAAUAACUACCAGCACUACCUGAAGAUUUUCGACGGCAAGCGCAAGAAUCCCAAUGGCUGUCUGAUCCGGGGCACCUUCUUCAUGUCGCACGAGUACAGCAACUACCAGCAGAUCCAGCAUCUGGGCUACUAUGGACACGAAAUCGGGACGGAGAGCAUCUCGCAGCAGCAGGGACUGCAGGACAAGGGCUACGAGGAGUGGGUGGGCGAGAUGAUUGGCAUGCGUGAAAUCCUGCGACACUUCGCCAAUGUGUCCGUCAACGAUGUGGUCGGCAUGCGAGCUCCAUUCCUCAAGCCUGGCCGCAACACCCAAUACAAGGUGCUGGAGGACUUUGGCUACAUCUACGACAGCUCGAUCACCGUUCCGCCGGUGGCCGUGCCCGUGUGGCCGUACACCCUGGACUACAAGAUCUCGCACGAGUGCAAGAGCGGCACCUGCCCCUCGCGCACCUUCCCCGGCGUGUGGGAGGUGCCCCUGAACACCCACUACGUGGAGGGGUACGAGGGCGGGCACUGCCCCUACCUCGACCAGUGCGUGCUGCACAACCUCGACGAGGAGGAGGUCCUCCAGUGGCUGCAGGAGGACUUCUCGCGCUACUACGAGCAGAACAAGGCCCCCUACAUGAUGCCCUUCCACACCAACUGGUUCCAGACCAAGCCGCUGGAGAACGGCCUGCACAAGUUCCUGGACUGGGCCCUCGAGCUACCCGACGUCUACAUCCUGACGGUCACCCAGAUGCUCCAGUACAUGACCGAUCCCAAGGAGUUGCGCGAAGUUAGCCAAAUCGAGUCCUGGAAAUGCGACAAGAGCGUGGCGGUGGCCCCGAAGCCCUGCAACAUUUGGCAGACGUGUGCGCUGUCCUUCAAGAUCCCCGAACAGAAUCUGACGGAUACGCGCUACAUGGAGACCUGUCGGGAGUGCCCCAAUGUCUAUCCCUGGCUAGGCGACGCUGGCGGCACGGGAAUCGCCGGUCAGGAUAACUAUAUCUUUCAUAGUGGACCGGAUACAACAGAAGAAGCAUCUUAAUCGUGGAAAAGGAUAUCUCCUUUUGUUACUUCUGUUCCCUUUAUUUCUCCUUGCCUCUUAUUUUUGUUAAAUUUCUUCCCCACCUCUUUUUUUUUUAAUAACUCACAGUCCCUUCCUCAUGAUUCCUAUUGUCCUGUCUGUCCUUCACAAUCUCCAAUAGAAAUUGCGAAAUUGUGUCAAAUUGUUCUUAAUUUUUAAGCGAUAAAAUUUUCGUAAAGGAAAUGUGUUUUUUUUAAUGAAUAAAUUGACUAUUUUUCUACAAAUAAA